AAGGUGGGACGAAGAAGCUUCGCAGCACCAUCCGACGGAGCACGGAGACCGGCAUCGCCGUGGAGAUGAGGAACCGAGUGACGCGGCAAGGAAGCAAGGAUUCGACCGACGGCAGCACCAACUCCAACAGCUCCGAUGGAACGUUUGUCUUCCCUACAACACGCCUGGGCCCUGAGAGCCAGUUCAGUGACUUCCUGGAUGGACUCGGCCCCGCUCAGAUCGUAGGCCGGCAGACGUUAGCUACACCCCCCAUGGGGGAUGUCCAUGUAGGCAUGGUGGACAGAGGAGGGCAGCUGGAGGUGGAGGUCAACCAGGCCAGAAGGUUGACCCCUAAGUCGGGCUCCAAGAACACACCAGCUACCUACGUGAAGGUGUAUCUGCUGGAGAACGGCAUGUGCUUGGCCAAAAAGAAAACCAAAGUAGUGAAGAAGAAUCUGGACCCCACCUACCAGCAGGCUCUGUUGUUUGAUGAGAGUCCUCAGGGCAAAGUCCUACAAGUAAUCGUGUGGGGGGAUUACGGGCGUAUGGACCACAAGUGCUUCAUGGGAAUGGCCCAGAUCCUUCUGGAGGACCUGGACCUGUCUGCCACGGUCAGCGGCUGGUACAAGCUGUUCCCUACCUCCUCUCUGGCAGACCCCAGCAUCGGACCGCUCACCAGACGCCUCUCUCAGUCCAGCCUGGAGAGCGCCACCAGCCCCUCGUGCACCUAGACCCCCAGCAGACCCCCAGCAGAACCCCACAUGCACGGGCACAGAGUCAUACAAACACGGACACACAUACUGUAAAUACACAAUGACUGUAUUCCAAGUGCAAGACAGGUAGACACACACACACACGCACACGCACACGCGCACACACACACACAUAUACAUAUAUACCCAUGUGCAUCUGUGCAGGAACACACAUAUAGGUGCAAAUAUCUGAUCGCCAUAUCCUUCAGUACGUCCAUAUUCACACACACACUGAUCAGUAUUUUAGUUGAGCGAAUCUAACUUGAAGUAGACUUAAUUUACCAGAACAUGUAGCAUUUCCCACCGUUCCCAUUUUCAACCUUUCCUACCAUGACUCAGCAAUUCUGCAUUCCCAGAUUUCAUCCCAGGCCCAUCCCAAAGCCAGUUUCUAAACUCUCUAUGCCAAACUAAGGGAAAAAACACUUUAUUUUUUAAAAACCAAAGCAAUUGUAAUGUUGUUAUGAUAACUAUAAGUCGUAGGUGAAAUAGUAUACAAUAUAAAGUAUGGAAAUGUAGCAGAGUCGAUGACUUAGAUGUAAUGCAAAAAACACACAUUCUACACACACGAGCUGAGAGCGGCGGCCACACACACACACCUGGGCAACAGGCUUGGAUAUUCACAUAAUGGCUAUUAUGUGAGGUAGCAACACUGCUAUUCUAUAAUUUUCACACGGCAGAGUUUAUAUAUAGAUAUAAAUAUAUCAUAUAUAUAUAAAUAGAUAGUUAUAUACUUAUUUGUGUUUAUGUAUGUAUGGGCUGCAUUCUGCAUGUUUGCUUGCAACCUUUUGUAGAGACAUUUUAAAGUGCUUCAAUAUGUUUGAUUUCGCUUUCCUUGGCCAAUGUAACAGGAGCUGCUUUAUUUUGCAAUCCGUCAUGAGGAAAAAGCACCGAGUUAGUGAGGAGGGUGGUGACGAGGGGACGAGGGGAGGGGGGGCGUCAUCACAAUCUGCAGGAGAAGAGAACAAACGAUUCAGCCAGCUACUCAUUCGCUGAUGAACAAAAUGUAUGAUCCUGCCUUCAUCUUUAGAAAGGACUGUUGUACAGCACAAGGCAUUCUGGGAAAUGUGUCCAGCUCCAGCUUAGGGUUUCGUGUGUUCCACAUCCAGGGGGUGCCACUCUCUCUGUAUACCAGCAGCCAGACUGUCUGAACUUCCUGUUGAUUUCCCCCUUCUGAUGUUCCUAAUUGAUAAAGAGAAGGUGGUGAGCACACACAGCUGGUAACAACAAACCCUUCCUCUCUUCGGUACACACACUCUGUCUCACUACAUGUUUCUAAACCUGUUGUGUGUGUGUGUGUGUGUGAACACUUAUUGGAUCUUCUUUUCCAUAACUGACUGUUUAUGCCAGAGUUACUUUUCCAGCAGGUUGAUUGUUCACCUGCCAUGUGUGCCAGUUUCAUUCGCUUCAGAUGUCACUCUUCAUAUUUCCAGUUUAAGAUGGUUAUUUACUGUAAUAUUAUGUUUGAUUUACAUGCAGUGUUUGACCACCUGUUUAUUUAUUUUAUUUUAUUUGAUCAAACUCCAGUGUACAUCUUUGAAUCUAUGAAUUGAAUGCCAGCAUGGGCAUGUAACAGGUCAGUUUCUUACAGAUCUUUGGCUUAAAGGUCCCAUGUCAUGGCCAUUUCUACUGAUCAUAAUUCCAUUGUUGAGGUCUACUAAAAUAGAUUUAU